AUGAUUCUCGGUACGGCGGUCUUGGCGGUCUGUGUUUCUGUCAUUGCUUUCCAGAGCUGGCUGAUCGUGAAGAACGGCAAGGAGCAGCCCAGCAACAGCAGUUCCGCAAAGCGCGUCGAGAGAGUGGCGAAGACCUUGUCGCGGACAUUUACCGAGGUAUCGUUCCGAACGCUGCCGGCCCCAGUUCAGCGUGCCUUCGCCGGAGUGGCACGCCGCGAGCGCAAGCUCAGGAACAUCAACGAGUACACCGUCUGGUUUGAAUCAAGGGGCGUUCGUCCACUCGUGGCGCCCGCCGUGGGCAGGUUCCACACGCCACGACGAGAGGACCUCUUUGUCCAUACUUACCCUGGUGGUAAGCCCCAAAUGUGGAUCUACAACGAGGACAGCAAGUGGAUCCCAGUCUUGCCUCUCUUCCCUCAUCCAAGGCUGGCUGCCUACGUUCUGCAGCUAUCAGACCGUAGGCAGCCAGGAUGGGUUACGAAGGAGACCGCACGGAGAAACGUUCGCAAUCGCGCGUGA